UUCGGCGCUUUUUCCUCUCUCUCUUCCAUGAUUUUGGAAAGGAAAAAGCCCUCCCUUCCUCUAGGGAAGAAGAAGCCUCCUCCUUUCACUCCUAAAACCCCAACGUCCAAACAUACACAACAACAAUCAACUCGUUAUCGCCCCAAUCCUCCCCUCCCAAUCACUCGUCUCAUUCACCUUUAUAAAAACGACCUAGACCCCCUUUCCUCUUCCUAUUAAUUUACAAAAUAAAAAGACGUCUUCUUCUUUCCUAUUCCUACUAAAAAAAAGCUUCCAAAUGGCGACAAUUGUCAUAUCAUUUUUUGGGGUGAACACACAC